AUGCAUGAAAAAGCAGCUCCCCUGAAGAGCCCCGAGCCCAUGCACGGCCGUGAGAAACUGGAGGCAUCGCACAAGGAGAAGAGUUUGGAUUCCCUCGAUGGCAGCCUCCACCUGAAUGAAGCCCUGAAGGAUGAAGACAUCAAGAAAUGCCACCGGGAAUUGGCCGCUAGCAAGUACAACUCCCAGUACCACAAGCUGUUCAAGGACAUCCCGACGGAGGAGAGCGUACUGAAAGUUUGUUCCUGCGCCCUCCAGAGAGACAUCCUCAUCCAGGGAAGGCUUUACAUCUCCCCCAACUGGCUCUGCUUCUACGCAAACCUUUUCGGGAAGGACAUCAAGGUUGUGAUCCCGGUGGUCUCCGUACAGCUGAUAAAAAAGCACAAGACAGCUCGGCUGCUGCCCAACGGCUUGGCCAUCACCACCAACGCCAGCAGAAAGUACAUCUUCGUGUCCCUCAUCUCACGCGACAGCGUCUACGACGUCCUGAGGAGAGUCUGCACGCACCUGCAGGUUUCGAGUAAGAAGAGCUUGAGUUUGAAGGAGCUGACGGAGGAGCCCGACGCUGUGUCACUGGAGGUGAUCGUCCCCGAGGGCAAGUGGAGGAAGGUGUCACCUGCUUCACUGUCACUGUCGCUGCCGGACGCUGACUACCAGUGCAUCCACCGGACGUCCGUCAGCAGCCUGAGUGCCAAGGAGAGCUCCUUCACCUCCGAGGAGCCCCUGGUUUCGGAAAGUGCAAUAAACACCGAGGAGGAGCUGGAGGUGGAGCAGAGCUGCGUGGCGGAGCUGAGACCUUCCGACUACCAGCUCCUGAAGAUCUUCAUCGUGCUCAUCUGCCUCCUGGUCGUGUCCUCCUCGUACCUGGCAUUUCGUAUCUUCCGUCUGGAGCAGCAGCUCUGCUCUCUGAACCGGGACUACCUCUCCCGCGGGCACAGGAGGUGA